UCUAUUGAUCUUUAACUAAAAUCCACAUCUCGCGAAUCUAUUCCAAACUAGCUAGCGUUGGCUAGCUUAGCUAGCUAGCAAACUGGCUGCCUUCCAGUUAACUUGGCAUUAACGUUUCUCUUUUUAUAUCUUUAAUGUUAAACUUCUGCGUUUUAAGACAGUGUAAACAAUACUUUAAACAGCCAAUUUAGCACGCUGGCUGGCUGGCCGGCCAAGUUCGCUAACGUUAGCUAGACUAAACUAAGCUAGACUAAACUAAGUUGUUAGCUAACUUCAUGUUCUAAGAAAGCCCAGACAUGUUACCCAUUUAGAUGUCUGUUUUCGGGCUGAUCAAAAUAUAGUCUGUCAACGUAGACAAACCCUUGAUUUUGCACUGCAAAAAUAAACUCUAUUGUCAAAAAACUCUAAUGGAAAAAGACCAAAUUAUCAGCUGGUUUCUUAAAACACUAAGAUAUGGCCGACGACGCACUGUUUGAGUUUCUACACAUGGAAAUGGUGGCACACAUUUACAAGGAGCAGGCUUCUCGUGCUGAGUCGGAACAGGAGAGAACUACUAGCGUGUCCAUAUUAGAAGGCAUGGGGUUCAGAGUUGGACAAGGACUAAUUGAAAGGAUUACGAAGGACACGCCCGGUUUCAAAGACGACCUGGACGUCAUGAAGUUCAUCUGUAAAGAUUUUUGGAUAAGCAUGUUCCGGAAGCAAAUUGACAAUCUGAGGACAAACCAUCAGGGCACUUACGUGCUACAGGACAACAAGUUUGCUCUUCUCACCCAGCUGUCCAAUGGGAAGCAGUACAUGGAGGAAGCACCCAAAUACCUGGCCUUCUCCUGUGGGUUAGUGCGGGGCGCCCUCUGCAACCUCGGCAUGGACAGCGUGGUGACGGCAGAGGUCUCCACCAUGCCUUCCUGUAAAUUUCAGGUUGUGAUUCAGAAAACGUAAAACGGACUUCCCUUCCAGGGCUGUGGAAAGCCCCGCCCCCCCCCCCCCCCCACGCAGCAGAAAUAAGCGGAACGUCGGCAAAAAGGACUGAUCUGAAAUGUAUUAGAAGAUGGUUUUAAACCACAUGACGUCAGCUUGGGUAUGCUGUGGUCCCCAGCCUUGGUCCUGGAGAGUCGCAGGGUCUGCUGGGGUCCCCAUCUCCGGUCUUCUGAAGUCACAUGGUCUGUGGUUUUUUGGGGGGGUUUAUUUUCAACCUUAUAAUUAGUGAUCACUGUCGUCCUGGAAACCGUAUAAGGCGAUUUAACUGUGUCAUCGAUCGAUUCAGUGCUGAGCAACAACAAAAACCAGCAGACCCUGUGACUUAUCAAGACCAGGGCUGCCGAUUGCUGUUUUCCAGAAAUGUCCCUUUAAAAAGGUGUGUGUGUGUCAGGACUGUGUGCGUUUGGGAGGGGCGGGGCUGAAAUAAGCCAAUGGUGAAGCAUAUAACGUGAUGUCAUAUACAGGAAUAUAAUGAAAAGAAAAGAUUACAGGGAAAGAAUGUUUGUUGUUCCGUUGCAUUGCCUGGAAGCUUUAAAUGUGAAAAUUCUCUUUAGUUUACCCGUGGUCAUUGUUUUUUUGUUAAGAUCUGAUUUGGAUCACUGUUGACCUCAGAUCUCUGUAGAGAUGAAUGCAAGAAAGUGUCUGCCGAUGGUUUUUAUUUUAUUUUUCUUCUGUUUUAUUUGCCAAGAAAACAAGAAAAUGAAUGAAAAGCCAUAUUUUUUGUCUUAUUCAUCGAGAUCUUAGAUUUGUACAGUUCUCUGGUUAUAUUUUAUUUUCUAUACUAGCAAACUGUAUUUUCUGAAUAAUGUCAUGUAGGGCCUUAAAAGUAAUCGACUGUA